GAGGGCUGUUCAAUCGGUACGGUAAGUGGGAGAGGCAGAUAUGGCGGAGGGGGGGGCCGUAUCGAGUGUUGGGAGCACGUGCUCGAUGUUUGAAGGUGAUCACGUGCUCCGGUCCCUCAGUCCCUACCCGUUCCUCAGGCGGCCAUGAUUCUCAGAGCCUGGAUCUUCGGUUGAUGCUAUGUAAUGCCCGGUCCGUGGCUAAUAAAGCCCCCCUGAUUUGCGAUCUUAUUCAGGGGGAGUCCGCGGACCUUAUGGGCAUUACGGAGACCUGGUUGGGUCCGGAGGGGGGGGUUCCCCUCGUUGAGCUGUGCCCUCCAGGUUUCCGAGCAUUUCAUCAGCCGAGGGCCCAAGGUAGGGGUGGCGGUUGUCAUUAAGGAAGAUCUAGAGCCGAGGGAGGCCACUGUUCCUCAGAUUGCCGGUUGUGAAUCCCUCUAUGUGAGGUGGGGCCAUAGGAAUCAGUUGGGCUUGUUGAUCGCGUACCUGGCUCCUUGCUGCGUGACCACAGCCCUGCCCGAGCUGUUGGAGGUACUUGCCUCUGUGGCGGUUGAGACCCCCAGACUUAUAGUCAUGGGGGAUUUCAACUUGCCAUCGGCUGGCUUGCUAUCGACUGCAGCUCGGGAGUUCCAGGCUUCCAUGACGGCCUUGGACCUGAUUCGGGUAAAUGAUGGCCCCACGCACAUGGGGGGAGGCACACUGGACCUGAUUUAUAUCUCUGGUCAGUGGUUAAAUGAUCUGGAACUAGAUGAUUUAGUAACAGAACCGAUGUCAUGGUCCAAUCAUUUUCUCCUUCGACUAGACUUCCGAACCGCCAUCCAUCAUUGCAGGGAGACGGAACCUAUACGGUGGUUCCGUCCCAGGUGCCUGAUGGACCCUGAGAGGUUCCUGACGGAGCUUGGGCCAUUCCCUGAGGAUCUGGCCCACGGCACGACUGAGGAACUAGUCGCGGCCUGGGAGCGGGCCGCGGCUGGGGCCUUGGACCAUGUCGUGCCUUUGCGACCUCUGACCCGGCGCAGAUCUCGUCUGGCCCCUUGGUUCUCCGAGGGGCUGAGGGAGAUGAAACGCCGGAGAAGACGUCUAGAGAGCAGCUGGAGGUCCAGUCGUUCCGAAGCUGAUCGGACACUAGUUAGGUCCUAUUCUAGGACCUACCUAGUGGCAAUGAGGGAGGCGAGGCACUCAUACGCCUCCACCCUUAUUGCGUCGGCAGAUAACCGCCCGGCUGCCCUGUUUCGGGUGACCCGCUCCCUCCUUCAUCAGGAGGUGCGGGAUGACCCGUUGCAGGGACGUGCCGAGGAGCUUAGUGGUUAGCUAUACGAUAACAUCGCUCAGCUCCGGGAUGGUCUGGACCGAAAUUGGGAUGAUCCAGGCGAGGGAGAGGAGACACGUCUUGUUGAGUCCAUUUGGGAUGAGUUUGACCCUAUGGCUCCCGAGGACGUGGACAGGUUGUUGGGGAGGCUUCACGCCACGACAUGUUUACUGGACCCGUGUCCUUCCUGGUUGCUACUGGCCAGUCAGGAGGUGACACGAGGCUGGCUCCAGGGGAUUAUCAACGCUUCUUUGUUGGAAGGGGUUUUCCCUGCCGCCUUGAAAGAGGCGGCGGUGAGACCCCUCCUCAAGAAGCCCUCCCUGGACCCAGCUAUUUUGGGUAAUUAUCGUCCAGUCUCCAACUUUCGCUUUGUUGCGAAGGUUGUAGAGAGUGCUGUGGCGCGACAGCUACCCCAAUACCUGGAUGAAGCCGUCUAUCUAGACCCGUUCCAGUCCGGCUUCCGACCCGGGUACAGCACGGAGACAGCUUUGGUCGCACUGGUGGAUGAUCUCUGGAGGGACAGGGACAGGGGUUAUUCCUCUGCCCUGGUCCUAUUAGACCUCUCAGCGGCUUUUGAUACCAUCGACCAUGGUAUCUUGCUGCGCCGGUUGGGGGGAUUGGGAGUGGGAGGCACCGUGUAUCGGUGAUUCUCCUCCUAUCUCUCUGACCGGUCGCAGACGGUGUUGACAGGGGGGCAAAGGUCGACCGCGAGGGACCUCACUUGUGGGGUGCCGCAGGGGUCAAUUCUCUCGCCCCUUCUGUUCAACAUCUAUAUGAAGCCGUUGGGUGAGAUCAUCAGUGGCUUUGGGGUGAGAUACCAGCUGUACGCUGAUGACACCCAGCUGUACUUUUCCACCCCAGGCCACCCCAAUGAAGGUGUUGAAGUGCUGUCCCGAUGCGUGGAAGCCGUACGGGUCUGGAUGGGGAGAAACAGGCUCAAGCUUAAUCCCUCCAAGACAGAGUGGCUGUGGAUACCGGCACCCCGAUUCAGUCAGCUGCAGCCGCGGCUGACUGUUGGAGGCGAGUUAUUGGCCCCAAAGGAUAGGGUGCGCAACUUAGGUGUCCUCCUGGAUGAACAGCUGUCGUUUGAAGAUCAUUUGACGGCCGUCUCCAGGGGGGCCUUCCACCAGGUUCGCCUGGUUCGGCAGUUGCGCCCCUUCCUUGAUCGGGAUGCCUUGUGCACGGUCACUCAUGCGCUCGUUACCUCUUGCUUGGAUUAUUGUAAUGCUCUCUACAUGGGGCUCCCCUUGAAGUGCACUCGGAGGCUUCAGUUAGUCCAGAAUGCAGCUGCGCGGGUGAUAGAGGGAGCUCCGCGUAGCUCCCAUAUAACACCGCUCCUGCGCAGACUGCACUGGCUACCUGUGGCCUUUCGAGUGCACUUUAAGGUUUUGGUUACUACCUUUAAAGCGCUCCAUGGCUUAGGGCCUGGGUACUUACGGGACCGCCUGCUGUUACCACAUGCCUCCCACCAACCCGUACGCUCUCACAGAGAGGGACUUCUCAGGGUGCCGUCCGCCAAGCAAUGUCGGCUGGCGGCCCCCAGGGGAAGGUCCUUCUCUGUGGGGGCUCCCACACUCUGGAACGAACUUCCCCCGGGUUUAUGCCAAAUACCUGACCUUCGGACAUUCCGUCGCGAACUGAAGACACAUCUUUUAAUUCGUGCGGGGCUGGCUUAAAUUGAAUUUUAUUAAAUUUUAAAUUUUAUUAACUAAUUUUAAAUGGGGUUUUUAGUUCAUUGUAUACUUUUCAGGCCAAUUUUAAAAUAAGUUUUUUAAUUGCAUUUUAAAUUGUAUAUUGUACUAUCUGUUUUAUUUUUGCCUGUACACCGCCCUGAGUCCUUCGGGAGAAGGGCGGUAUAAAAAUCAAAUAAAUAAAUAAAUAAAUAAAUAAAUAAAUAAAUAAAUAAAUAAAUAAAUAAAUAAAUAAAUAAAUAAAUAAAUAAAUAAAUAAAUAAAUAAAUAAAUAAAUAAUAAUUGAAGACAGACAAUGGUCCUGCAUAUAUUAGUAAGGAAUUUGCCUCCUUUUGUCAACAAUGGAAUAUUCAAUUGACACCUGAAAUUCCUUAUAACUCUCAAGGACAAGCUAUAAUUGAGCGAGCCCAUCCUAAAUUUAAAGCUAAAUUAGUCAAAACUGAAUCUGGCCCAUACAAUUUGAGAAAAAUUCAAAAUUUGAUAUCUAUUGCUCUUUAUGCUUGGAAUUACUUAACCUUUUUAGAUUCCUUUUCAGAAAUUCCAGUCAAUUUACAUUUUCAUAUUCAGGAUCCUGUCUCUGGACCUCUGGUAUCCUAUCGUCAACUUCCUGAUCCUACCUGGCGUGGACCUGCUCAACUUAUAACCUGGAGUCGUGGUUAUGCCGCAACUGAGGAUCUGUUAACAAAACAAGCUGUGUGGAUCCCAGGCUGGUGUGUUUGUCCUUAUCAUGGCAUGGCAUCAAGGUCUCCACAAUCCCAUUCCUAACUUUGAUCUGCAUCUCAAAAUGGAAGUUCGUGUUCCCAAGUCGCCACAUCCUCCAGCCAUGACUUGGGGUCAAGUGAAAGCUACUACCUAUGAAGUUCAGCAACAACUACAGAAGGCUUCUUUACCUCAAACCAGGGGGUGAAGAAAACGAAGAUAUUUCCGAGGUGUUUAACUGACCAUAGCCCAGUAUGGAUGGAAUUAUUACAAGGGAAAAAAGGUGGUAGAACAUGGAGGUUGAAUGAAAAUCUGUUUAGAUAUGAGGAUAAUGUAACUUAUUGUAAGAAACAGUUAAAAGAAUUUUUUGAUUUUAAUAUGUACAAAGGGACACCUAUAGGAACUGUGUGGGAGGAGAGCAAAGCGUUUAUUAGAGGGAUAUGAUUUACUUGGACAAUAGGCAAAGGAAUAAUAAACAAAGGCAGCGUAGGUAUUUGGAAGAAGAAAUUCAAAGGAAGCAACAGUUAUUAAUUCAAAACCCACAAGAUCACAAACUUAAAGAGGCUAUAAAAAUAUUACAGAGUCAAUUUAAUAUGUUAAUGGCAGACCAGGUGGCAACGAAUAUACAAUAUGCUAAACAUAAUACCUUUUGUAAUGCAAAUAAACCUGGGAGAUGGUUGGCAUAUAAUUUAAGGAAGAAACAGAAAGCACGUGUCAUACAAAAAAUAGAAUAUAAAGGUAAA